GAGACACUCAGGAUUUAUCCUCCGGUUCCAGUCAUAGUGAGAAGUAAUCCAUACGAUUUGAAAGUGGGUGAUUAUAUCUUGCCGGCAAAGUCGUCUCUUGCAGUAAACAUUUAUGGUAUUCAUCAUAAUCCAACGGUUUUUUUAAAUCCCGAAGUGUUCGAUCCAAAUCGAUUUCUACCAGAAAACUGCGAGAAACGUCACCCCUUUGCCUUUCUACCGUUCUCUGCCGGUCCACGUAAUUGCAUAGGUCAAAAAUUCGCUAUGAUGGAGAUGAAGACAGUUUUAGCCAAUGUUCUUCGACAUUUUCGAGUGAAGUCUUUGGACCAUAGAGAUAAGAUUUUCGAAUCUGCUGACGUCAUUCUUCGUCCUAAAUUCGGUAUAAGAAUGAUUGUCGAAAAACGAUAA